CAGACCCUCAUUAAACACUCACGCUUUACACACAGCUGUCGGUCGGACUCCGAGAUUUUUGCGACCUUCUGCUGCCACCUUCCUUUGCCUCGGUGGGUGUCUUUAUCUGAGCAUCCCUUUAGCCUCCACUAUGACGCCCCUGGUAGCAACAUUUAACUUUCCGGGAUGUUUACAAUCAGACAAAAAAGCCUCAGUUUUGAGCGUAAUCAGCUCUUAUUCUGACCUCACCACAGCGCCAUCUGUUCAACACGACGUCUGUGUGCAGACUCAUGACGUCAUGUCACACGUAUUAAAACACAUGAGAGAGAUGCUUGUUCAUCACAGCCAUAAAUAUGUUAAAAAUGAAGAUAUUUUACUGUGUUCAGGUAUCAGAUUUAGUGUUAAUUUUAUUCACUCAUCCAGUGUUUGUUUAGCUUUUUCAAAUGUUUCAGGUGCCAAAAAAAAAAACAAGCAAACAAACAAAACAAAAAUCUUUGUUUACUUUAGUCUUAGUUCAAAGUUCAGUACGUGUACUGGCCUCGUACAGUAAACAUUCAGUAUUAUUUGUAAUAUAUGAGGCAUUUUAAUAGGAAAGGCUGUGUUUGGAUCCACGUGUUUUCAUGUUGUCUGCGAAUAUGAAAAGUGAGGCUCAGUGUUUGUUGUUAAACUUUAACCUUGCGUAUUCCCUGCAAUAAAACUAGACAUUUGUUAAAAACUUCUUUUUGUUAUUUGUUUCUUUUUACUCUAUUUACUUUAGGUUUUACUGUAAGUCAUCAAGUUUUCAGUGGAAAUACCGCCAGUUAUUGCUAAAGGGGCGGCUGACAACAGCAGGUGUGUACGCGUGUGUAAAAUACCACAAUGUGCCUUUAAGACAGCCCUCAUGGGAGGAUCAGACUACGAGGGUUUUUUUUAAACGCUGAACUUUGGCCGUUGGUUUCGUUUGUGUCAGAACUGCUGCUUGAUUCAUAAUCAGCUGUCAGUGUUAACAUGUAGCUGUGUCAGAGGCACGCAGAGACACGGGUGAACAUGUCAGGUACUCGGACCAAGUUUAAGUACAACUGCUGGGACUUCUUCUUCACUUGUGUGGGCCUGCCGCUGUUCAUGCUUGACGUUGUUUUGGAUGUACUGGCUGCUGUGUCCUUUUAUAAGGAAAGGGCCUACGUGUACCUCGGUGUGCUGGUGCUGUUUCUCCUGGGCUCGUCACUGCUCACUCAGGCUUACAGCUGGCUUUGGUACAGCUAUGACGAGUUUGAGAGGAAGACAAAGGUUGAGAAGCUGCCAUCCCCGAGGCAGCUCAAGCUGCUCCACGUAUUUCAACUGGGAAUCUACUUCAGGCAUGCUGGAGUCCUGGAAAUGGCCACGCAAAGCUUAUACAAAAAGAUCCCCGACCCUGAGAACGGUGCCAGCACACAUUUGGGUUCCGCUGCAGAUGAACAGGAGCCUGACUCCGAGAGCAUAGCUGUGUCCUUGAACCACGAUCUGAGCAUGUUACGGAUCAUAGAGACCUUUUCAGAGAGUGCCCCGCAGCUCACUCUCAUGCUCACCAUCUUUCUGCAGAGUGGUCAUCUGGAUCUUGUGACAGUGUUGAAGGCCAUCGGCUCGGCCUCUGCUAUCGCCUUCACUGUGACGACCUACCAUCGCUCAAUGCGCUCCUACCUGCCUGACAAGGAGAAGCAGCAAAUAACCUCAUCAGUCAUCUACUUCAUCUGGAACCUGGUUCUCAUCUCUUCUCGUCUCACUGCCCUCGCUCUUUUUGCCUCCGUGCUGCCCUGCUUCAUCUUUGCCCACUUCAUCUGCUCUUGGCUGGUUUUAUUCUUCUUCGCUUGGCGAUCCAAGACGGACUUCAUGGAAAGUCCUUGUGGAGAAUGGCUUUAUCGAGCCACUGUUGGCCUCAUUUGGUAUUUCGACUGGUUUAAUGUGGCUGAGGGGAAGACACGGUACAGGACUGCGCUCUAUCACGGGUACAUACUGACUGAUAUUUGCAUCCUCUGUGCUGUGUGGUGCUGGAAGAUGAGCACCACAGCAGCAGCAGCUCCUGAUUUUCUGAUAGAGCCCAUGCACGCUUUAAUCACAGCUGCCUGUGUUGUUGCAGUUUACAUCCUCGGUCUAAUACUUAAAGUUAUUUAUUAUAAGUUCUUCCACCCAAACCUUGACAGAGAUGAGCUGAGCGGGGUCAGCACAGAGCAGCAAUCUGUAGAUGAGGUGGACUUCCGCAUGAUGAGAUCUACAACAGAAGUCUCAGCACACUACAAUAAAAGAAUGAGGAAGCUGGCCAAGAAUUUCUACUCAUGACCUGCAUCAUUUGACAUUCACAGGAUGUGGAGGCUACAAAGAGACUGAGUCGUGCAGAUGUCAUGAAACCAGCUACUUUUUAAAGCUACAUCAUAAAGGCUGUGUGACAUUGUGGAUCACCUGCUUCCUAAUCUACCACUGGUACAUUCUCACAAGGUAUUACUCAACUUAGUUUGGAGACGGAUUCUUAAAAGCACUUUCUGCUCUUCAUUAAGUGGUGCUACCGUCUAACAAAGCAUUUCUAGAAAAGCAGUCAUUUGUUUUCCUUUAAAAGGACAGGCUUUCAAGUCAAUAACACGCAUGUUUGAAACAGUUAAAGAGAUCGUUUUGAAAUGUUAUUGCACUGCAUUAUCUUUUCUGAAGAAGAUAACAGUGUUUAAAAAAUUAAUUAAAAGAAAUCUUAAUUAUAACAAUGCAAUAUUCUAACAAUGUUGCACUAUUGUAAACUGUACUUUACUCAAGUCUAAAGUACAAAUGUUCUGUUUUACAGAAUGAAUGAGUUGCCUUAAAAUCCCAAGAGAGCCUCUAUGGACCUGAAAUCUUGAUUUCUUGAGCAAUAGAGCACCUCUCUCUCCUAAUACAGAUUUACUCUGGUUUAGGUUUGAAACAUGCGAUAAGACUGACAUUUUUGAGUAAUAUAGAUGGUUCAGUGUCAGAGUGUUUUUCUACAGCGUUUGUCCAAGAUCACUUGGACUGAUGUGGAUAUAACACGAUGCAUCUAAAAUACAUUAAGGCUGCUAUGUGGUGAAAAGAUGCCAAUACCUCCUGUUUUAAUCCCAGUGUUGAUGACCUUUAACAUCAAAAAUGUAAUUGUUUUAUUUUUUAUGUUAAGCAAACUUGGAUUUAAAAAGAAUUAUGAAGCUACAAAACAUAUUUAUGUCACAUAGUGCCUACUUAA